UAGGAAAGGCCCAAAGCACACUCUCUCUUGUGUGUUGUGUGUGACAAGACAAAUUCAUACAAACCUUUCUCUCUACCCAGUCUCUUCUUCUAAACUGCAAAACUCUCUCGAAUCGACAGAGGAAAAAUGGAGGUGAAAAUGGCCGAAGAAGGGUGCUGUGAAAAUGGUGAGUCGAAGGUUAACGAAGGAACCCACUGCAUUUGGAAGACUGUGGACGACGGAGGGGUCGAAAGCAAGAGGUUUUACUUGGCUCGCACGACAGCUUUUGAGAUGCUUCGCGACAGAGGCUACGAAGUUAAUGAAGCCGAGCUCUCUCUCUCUCUUUCUGAGUUUCGUUCUGUUUUUGGUGAGAAGCCAGACUUUGAACGCCUCCGUAUCUGUGUGGCUCUUCGCUCAGAUCCAAGGAAAAAGAUCCUUGUUGUGUUCAUGGAAUCUGAACCAAUCACCGUGAAAACAGUUCGUGCCAUUCAUAGUCAGAUUUCCAACAAUGUAGGCGUGCGUGCUAUGAUUCUGAUUUUACAGGGCAAAAUGAACCACUUUGCCCAGAAGGAAUUGACAACCUUCCCUUUUCCAGUUGAGACUUUCCCGAUAGGAGAU